AUGUGGGCUUUUGCCGACAAACAGAAGGUGUCGACAGAACAUUUAUUGCAGCCUGCUCUGGACAUUCCGGAUAAUCCGGGGCCACAGUUUUCCCUGAAUUUGGAGGAUUUCUUCGAAUUAGCCAAAACAAUACGCCUGCGUGGCCAUCCUUGGAUUCGUCCACAGGCCGGAGGCAGGCAUAAGGCUCCCUACCAUGGCAAGAAACAGCUGGAGUUGUCUAUAGAAUCUGGUGCAUUUGCGGAAAAAGCAACUACUUCGGAGAAACUGGAAGAUUUCUUUAGACGCGAAUUGCUGAACACGCGGCAACAGUGCGGCGAAAUGAUGCCAACUCUCAAGUUGCGGUUCAUUCGACUCGACUGGGCUACGCAUUCAAAUUUUAUAAGGCUGAAAUUCACGCAAGAGAUGGCAAUCGUUGCUGAGGCUCGGUUUGUCCAAAGCAAGUCGCCAUUUGGGGAACGCACAGGCGAGGACGUCAUCCAACGCCAACACCGGGAACCACAUAGCCGAGCAAUCCUCACGUCAUAUUUCACCAGGUUUGUGGCUGAUAAUGUUGAUGCUGUUGAAAUUCAGUACUUAUAG